GCCUCCCCGCCAAGAUGGCCGCCGCCGCCGCCGCCGUGAAGAUUGGAAUUAUUGGUGGAACUGGCCUGGAUGAUCCGGAUAUCUUAGAAGGAAGAACAGAAAAAUAUGUUGCUACUCCUUAUGGCAAGCCAUCAGAUGCUUUGAUAUUGGGAAAGAUAAAAAAUGUGGACUGUGUGCUGUUGGCAAGACAUGGGAGGCAUCAUACAAUUAUGCCAUCAAACAUCAAUUAUCGUGCCAAUAUCUGGGCAUUAAAAGAAGAAAAUUGUUCACAUGUAUUAGUGACUACUGCCUGUGGUUCAUUACGAGAGGAAAUACAACCUGGUGAUCUUGUCAUAAUUGACCAGUUCAUUGACAGGACAACUAAAAGACAUUGUACUUUAUAUGAUGGGCAGCAUUGCACUCUUUCAGGAGUAUGUCACGUUCCAAUGGCAGAGCCGUUCUGCACAAAAACCAGAGAGGUUCUUAUUGAGACUUCCAAGAAACUUGGGCUCCAGUGUCAUUCCAAGGGGACAGUGAUCACAAUAGAAGGCCCACGUUUCAGUUCUCGAGCAGAAAGCUUGAUGUUUCGCAGCUGGGGAGCUGAUGUUAUCAACAUGACCACAGUGCCUGAAGUGAUUCUUGCGAAAGAAGCUGGAAUGAGUUAUGCUAGUAUUGCCAUGGCAACAGAUUACGACUGCUGGAAGGAACUUGAAGAAGCAGUUUCAGUGGAUAAAGUUUUAAAGACGCUGAAAGAGAAUGCAAAUAAGGCUACUAGCAUACUCCUUACUGCUAUACCUCAGAUAGGUUCCAUGCAAUGGACUGACACCCUGCACACCCUGAAAACAACAAUGCAGUGUUCGGUUAUCCUGCCAAAAUAGUAGCAACCUGGAUGAACCUUGAAGUUUUGGUGCUCACAAGGAAAAGUGGAUCACUUUCAAACUUCCAGAGGUUAUAACAUCUUCAAAAGUUGUUAGAAGCAUAAAAGAAUGGAGUAAGUGUUGACCAAUGAUAAUGUAUAAGACAGCUUUUAUAAUCUUUAUUAUGCUUGCUAAUGUAUAAGAUUACAAAAGUUAGAUUUUGAGUAUGUUUUAAACUAGGAAUAGUUUUAUUGUCAAGCUGGAUCAUACAGUGGCUUGAAGAAAUAAGUCGGUAGCAAAUUUUCAUCCUCUAUUUAGUGAUAUCUUUUGGUUGAUGAAAAAAUGGAAAGGCUAGGUGACACUUUGUUGCGGUUUCAUAAGAUGAGAUCUAAGAAAGCAGAUUCGUAGAUAACCUAUUUGCUUUCCUAUUUUUGCCUCCCACCUUUUCCUUCAACAAGGCAAAUGGUUACAAUUCACUUCAGAAACAUACCAGAAAAACUGAACAGACAAUUGCAAAAUAAAAUUACACUAUUUUUAUACAUUAUUCAUAUUCUUUAUUUCAGUGAUUUUUUUUUUUAAAGCAAUGGGUUUUUGUUUGUGUGCUAGAAGUCAUGGUUUAAUAAAUGUGGUAGUUCUUUCACAGCAUCAGUUAUGUAAUGAAUGAAUGUUCUCAGUAAAAAAAAUUAGGUAAUGCCUAAGCCAAAUUUGUGCCUGAAGAUGCAUUUAUGUGACUUACAGAACUGUACAGAAGAGUACUUUGCUGCCAAUGUCCUGAACACUGUGCUGGUCUUUUGCUACUUCAUUGAUCUGAACAACUCUGGUUUUAGUUUCUGGUUUAAGUGAUGAACGUGCUCAAGUGCUUUUAAUGUAUGCAUUUCCUUUUUUAAUACAAUUUCACUUCAAGAAAAUAAUCUGCUUCUUGUCUAGUAAAUAAAAUAAAUGAACCCUA